AUCUCCCGACGAAUCGAUCCUCGAAGCUCCUCUAAUCUUCUUCUCCAUAACUUUCUCAAUCUACCGAUACAGUUUUUAUCCCUUGCCGCUUAAGAUCCAGCUCGAAUCUCGUAUUCGCUUUUUUUCCCUAAUUUCUGGUCGGAUUUAUACAGCUCUAGUUGCGGAGAGAGUAUAAUGGUGUAUUGAAGUUAAUCAUCACUGAGGCAUAGUAUCUCCUUCAAGCAAAUAAAUGGGAUCAUCCAUCAAGAUCAACUCAAUAUCCAUAGAUCUCGCAGGCGCUGCCAACGAGAUUGAUAUGGUGAAAUGUGAUCAUUUCUCCAUACGUGGAUUCGUAGCUGAAACCCGUGAGAGAGACCUUAGAAAAUGUUGGCCUUUUGCAGAAGAGAGUGUUAGUUUAGUGGACCAACAAAGCUAUUCUCUUCCUUCUUUAUCUGUUCCAAAGUUUAGAUGGUGGCAUUGUAUGAGCUGCAUCAAAGAUAUAGAUGCUCAUGGGACAAAAGAUUGUGGACUGCAUUCAAACUCAAGAACUAUUGGAAACUCUUCGGUUAUUCCAAGUAAAAGCAAAUUGAAUUCGCUUACUAUCAUUGAUCACGAGAAAGAAGAGAAAAUUGAUAUUGCAGGUAAUGCUGUUGAGGAGAAUGUGGGUGUUAACUGUGAGAGAUCUCAGAAGGAUGAUCAGACAGCUACUACGUUUCUCAAGAAAGUUCGUGCUCGACCUAUGGAUGCUUCUACUGUUAGGAGCAAGAGCAGAAAGCUCGUGAGUCCAGAGCAGGUAGGCAACAAGAGAUCUAAAGAAAAAGUAAACAAAUCAUCGAUGGAUAUUAGCAGCUGGAAAGAUCAGAAACAAAAUGUGGAUCAGGCUGUGACAACUUUCGGGUCAUCUGAAAUUGCUGGUGUGGUUGAGGAUACACCGCCUAAGGCAACCAAGAAUCAUAAAGGCAUUCGUGGUCUGUUGGAAUGCGAUAACGGGUCAUCAGAGAGUAUAAAUCUUGCUAUGAGCGGGUUGCAGCGUAGGAAAUCUCGCAAGGUUCGUCUACUCAGUGAGUUGCUUGGUAAUACGAAAACCAGUGGUGGUAGUAGUAUCAGAAAAGAAGAGUCUGCUUUGAAAAAGGAAUCGGUUAGAGGGAGGAAAAGAAAGUUGUUACCUGAAAACAAUUAUGUCAGCCGGAUAUUGAGUACAAUGGGCGCAACCUCUGAAAAUGCCUCCAAAAGUUGUGACUCUGAUCAAGGUAACAGUGAAUCAACUGAUAGUGGGUUUGACAGAACUCCAUUUAAGGGUAAGCAGAGAAACAGAAGAUUUCAGGUUGUUGACGAGUUUGUACCAUCACUUCCUUGUGAAGCUUCACAAGAGGGCAUCAAGGAGAAUGAUGCAGAUCCCAGUAAGAGAUCAACUCCUGUGCACUCUUUAUUCACUGGAAAAGAUUUGGUUCCUUGUCCUCCGAGUACUCAGAGAACAGAGAGGAAGCCCAGUUUAGCCAAGAAGAAGACAAAGAAGCCUGUAAUAGAUAAUGGGAAGAGCACCGUGAUCAGUUUUAGUACCGGCAUUGAUGGAAAUCCAGUUAAAUCGCAAACUGGUCCUUCCAUAAACACAGUUUCCCAAACUCGAGACUUACUGAAUGAGAAAAUGGUGGGCAGUUUAUUUGACAACCGUUUGGCUUCAGAUGGAUAUUUCAGAAAAUAUAUCACUCAGCCUAAUGAUAAGCCCAUAACUUCUUUGCAUUUGCAAGACAAUGAUUAUGUGAGGUCAAGAGACGCGGAACCAAACUGUCUUCGAGAUUUUAGUUCCUCUUCUAAAUCCAGCUCAGGUGGAUGGUUGAGAACUGGAGUUGAUAUUGUUGACUUCAGAAACAACAACCACAAUACAAAUAGAUCGUCUUUCUCGAACUUGAAGCUAAGAUACCCCCCUUCUUCUACUGAAGUUGCGGAUGUAUCUCGGGUGCUGCAAAAGGAUGCUUCUGGUGCAGACAGAAAGGGGAAGACUGUUAUGGGCCAAGAAUAUCAUGGAGCACCCAGAAGCCAAAGCCAUGAUAGAAAGGAGACUACGACUGAAGAGCAAAACAACGAUGAUAUUCCCAUGGAGAUAGUGGAGCUCAUGGCCAAAAACCAGUACGAGAGGUGUCUUCCUGACAAAGAAGAAGACGUUAGCAACAAACAGCCAUCACAAGAAACAGCACACAAAUCCAAGAAUGCACUACUGAUUGAUCUCAAUGAAACCUACGAUAACGGGAUCUCACUUGAGGACAACAACACAUCAAGACCACCAAAACCGUGUGGUAGCAACGCAAGGAGGGAAGAAUAUUUUCCUAUGGGAAAGCAGCAGAACUCUCAUGAUUUUUUCCCAAUAAGUCAGCCUUAUGUGCCUUCUCCGUUUGGGAUCUUUCCUCCCACCCAAGAAAACCGAGCCAGCUCCAUCCGGUUUUCUGGUCACAACUGCCAGUGGCUUGGGAAUUUGCCAACUGUGGCUAAUCAAAAUCCUUCUCCAUCCUCAUUUCGGGUAUUACGUGCUUGCGAUACAUGCCAGAGUGUUCCUAAUCAAUACAGAGAAGCUUCUCAUCCAAUUUGGCCAUCUUCCAUGAUACCACCACAGAGUCAUCACAAGCCAGUUUCUUUCAAUAUGGAUCAGUCAACAAAUUCGGGUACGCUUUCACAGGCAUCUAACAAUGAAAAUACGUGGAACCUCAACUUUGUUGCUGCCAACGGGAAGCAAAAAUGUGGGCCUAAUUCAGAAUUCUCAUUUGGCUGCAAACAUGCUGCUGGGGUUAGUAGUAGUAGUAGUAGGCCAAAUGAUAACUUUUCUAGUGAGAGCUCUAUACCGGCAUUGCAUCUACUCAGCCUUAUGGAUCCUCGGCUGAGGUCAACCAUUCCCGCUGACCAACAAGGAAACACUAAAUUUACUAAAAGACAUUUUCCGCCAGUCAACCAGUCCAAGGAAUUUAUAGAACUUCAAACAGGGGACUCUAGUAAGUCAGCCUACUCAACUAAGCAGAUACCUUUUGAUCUAUACAGCAAGAGAUUCGCACAGGAGACUUCCCGGAAGAGUUUCCCCAUUAUUGCACCUCUUGGGUCGUCUUCAUUUUCAUUUCAAAAUGCUCAAGCUUCAUGGAGUCCUCAUCAAGAGAAGAAAACCAAGAGAAAAGACACCUAUGCUCCUGUUUACAAUACUCAUGAAAAGUCAGUGUUUGCAAGCAGCAACGACCAAGCGAAAUUCCAGCUUCUGGGAGCAUCGAAUUCCAUGAUGCUCCCUUUGAAAUUUCACAUGACAGAUAAAGAAAAGAAACAAAAGAGAAAAGCAGAGAGCUGCAAUAAUAAUGCCUCUGCGUGGCCUGUCAAGAACAGUUCUGGAUCUAUUGUGUGCAGCGUCAACAGAAACCCUGCUGAUUUCACCAUUCCUGAACCUGGGAAUGUUUACAUGUUAACGGGGGAACAUCUUAAAGCCCGUAAACGCACAACCUUCAAGAAAAAGCCAAGCUUGUGUAAGCAGGACGCAAUGAAGCAGACAAAGAAGCCGGUUUGUCCAGCAACAGAAAAUGCCUAAAAGAUAUACAGCGUGGGAGGGAUUUGUGCAGGUACGUUGCUAGGACUACCUAUUUCUAAUUCUUUUGUUUCGAUUUCACUCUGUUCAUCUUGAAAUCAAUGACAAAAGAAAUCUGCACCUUACUUAGUGUUUCUUUUGCUUAGAACUGCAAAAGGUUAGUUUUUAUGUUAAAGCUUAGGGUUUAGAACAGAGUUUUAUCAGUCUCUUCAUUAAAACUUUGUGUCCAGC